UUUUUUUUAUUAUUAUUAUUUUUGCGAUCAUGGAGAACUUCGAAGUUGUAGGGGAUGACAUAUUAGGCUUCGGAGUUGGUUGUGAAUAAUACAUUAAAUAGUGACAUUUACGGCUGGUUUACAUCAGUAACCACAGUUACAAACAUUGAGGAAACAAGAUCAUUAACGUUGGAGCCCCAGUCAUGGCGGCCCUGUCGGAGGAGGUACUGCUAGUGGUGAAGAAGGUCCGGCAGCGGAAACAGGAUGGAACACUCUAUCUAAUGACUGAACGCAUAGCCUGGGGCCCAGAGGGAAAGGAUCGCUUCACUGUCAGCCACCUGUACGCAGACAUCCGCUGUCAAAAGAUCAGUCCUGAAGGCAAGGCCAAGAUCCAGCUUCAGCUGGUGCUACACACAGGAGAGAGUACAACUUUCCACUUUGCAAAUGAAAGCACAGCUAUGAAGGAUAGAGAUGCUGCCAAAGACCUCCUACAGCAGCUCCUGCCCAAGUUUAAAAAGAAAGCUAACAAAGAACUAGAGGAGAAAAACAGGAUGCUGCAGGAGGACCCAGUGCUGUUUCAGCUCUAUAAAGACCUGGUAGUAAGUCAGGUCAUUAGUGCAGAGGAAUUCUGGGCUAAUCGGCUGAAGCUGAGUUCCACAGAUCACUUCAGCUCUAACAACAAUAAGCAGGAAGUGGGCAUAUCAGCAGCCUUCCUGGCAGACAUUAGACCUCAGACAGAUGGAUGUAAUGGUCUGAGAUACAACCUGACCACUGACAUUAUUGAAUCGAUAUUCAGAACCUACCCUGCAGUCAAACAGAAGUAUGCUGAAAAUGUGCCUCACAACUUGACUGAGAAAGAUUUCUGGACACGCUUCUUUCAGUCACAUUAUUUCCACAGAGAUCGCAUCAAUACUGGCCUUCAGGAUCUCUUUUCUGAGUGUGCCAAGCAGGAUGAGAAAGGGUUGAAGUCCAUGGUGGUUCAAGGUGUUAAGAACCCCAUGGUGGACCUGCUGUCUCUGGAGGAUAAAACAUUAGAUGAGGGCUAUGGAUCCUUAACAGGUCCCUCCACAUCCAACUCAAGUAAAACAGUGAAGGAAAAUAGUAACUCUGCCAUUAUCAAACGCUUCAACCAUCACAGUGCCAUGGUGCUGGCAGCUGGCCUACGUAAAAUGGAUACUUCCAGUGACCAAGCCAGCGAGACCAGCAGCACAGAUGGGAAUUCUAGAGAUUCAGAUACCUUUCAGCCACCGAUUAAAAAGGUGAAACUUCAAGAAGCCAUUGAGUAUGAGGACUUUCAAAAUGAGACGGGCCCUAAAACAAUUGCAUUGAAAUUGAAAAAAUUUGACAGAUAUUCGCAUGGUCCAGUUCCCCUGCAAUCUCAUCACUACUCUACAAGUCAGGACAUCAUCAGCUCAGUCAGCUGCAUCCAAGAAGAAAUGAGCUGCUAUAAACCCUGCCUUACUCAGGUGAUGUCCAGCAGUGCAGCUAGUUCAGCCAUUACAGCCCUAUCUCCGGGAGGAGCGCUAAUGCAAACUGGAGCCCAUCAGACAGUCAGUCAACUGGUACCUGUUGAUAUUCAGAGUGAACUGAAGCACUUGUACACAGCAGCAGGAGAGCUGCUACGGCACUUCUGGUCAUGUUUUCCUGUCAACACGCCCUUCCUGGAGGAGAAGGUGGUUAAAAUGCAGUCCAAUCUGGAGAGAUUCCAGUCGACCAAGCUUCACCCUUUCCAAGGGAAGAUUCAACGGGAGUACUUAAGCAGCAACCUGAUCAGCCAUCUGGAAGAGAUGAUUCAGGCUGCUUAUAACAAGUUCCAUGCCUGGCAGAUGCGCCGCAUGAUGAAAAAAACCUGAAAGAAGAGGGGCAGAUUCAUUUGAAGGACGAUAGGAGAAAUGGAAAGAGGGAGUAGAGCGCAGAGCGGAAGUACACUCUCUUUUUAGGCCAGGCAGGCUGCUCCUCCCAGAGUUGAGAGUAGUGAGUGAAACCAUCUGUGGCUGGAUGGGCAGGACACUGCUCUCACCAAAUUGGUCCAUGUGGAGAUGGACUGCACCAAAAAGAAUAACUAGUGUUUUGAGGAGGGGGGGGGGGGGGUUCCCUUUAUCUCUGUUUUUCUUCUUUGUACUGUUUGGCUUUCUGCUAUUUUCUCUCACUUUCAGUGGAGGAGAAGUUGUCUGGCUUCCUGGUUAAUAUUGGAAUCAGAUGUGGACUUGACAGUGUUGAAUUUCAUGACCAAACUGUGGGCUUAAUGAUACCAGAGGAAGUAUUCUCAGGAACUAUAAAUGUUCAAUGCAAAAUGACCUUGUGAGAAGGGGAAUUUAAGUGGUGCACAGGACACAAGGACGAAUUCUUGAAACUUAACCGAUUUAAAUGCAAUGCAGUAUGGCUCUGUAGACACCCAGAGGCCAAAGGUUGGGAGGGGUAUAAAUAAAGCAAUACUGUAAAAAUACUCUUUCUAUUAUACAUUAUUAAUGUGUGCAUACAGCUAGCUGAACAGCUAUUCUAACUGCACUGAAGAUAAGUUUCAGGAUGUACUCAAAAUAAAGUAACAGAUUCCAACUGA